AUGUUAAAACUUAGCUAUCGUUUAGAAGAAUGCAAAAGAGCCGUCAAUUCGCAACAAUUUCGUCGUUCUAUGAACAGCAACAGCUCUUCCAAGCCGACACAAAAAUUUGCCAACAGCUGGCAAAGACCAUGCGGCGAGUACACCGGCAUCAACAUCUACAAUCACAGAGUGCGUGGCAAAGUGCCGUUGGUGCUGCGUAAUCCACAUAUGGUUACCUGGUACACAUGUGGGCCAACAGUGUAUGAUAAAACACAUGUGGGGCAUGCGAGUACCUACGUAAAGGUGGACAUAAUACAACGCAUACUGCGAGAUUACUUUAAAUAUAAUUUAAUAACAGCCAUGAAUAUCACCGAUGUGGAUGACAAGAUUAUCACACGAAGCAAGGAACAGGGACGUAAUUGGCAGGAGCUGGCCCGGACUUACGAUGCGGAAUUCAAGGAGAAUAUGUUGAGAUUGAAUGUAAGGCCACCCAAUAUGCGAGCGCAUGUAUCGGCCAAUAUACCUGUGAUCCAGCGAUUUAUAGAACAACUGAUUGAAAAUCAGCAGGCAUACGUAGCCGAGGAUAAAUCUGUUUAUUUCGAUGUAAGUAAAUGUCAGAACUACGGAAAAUUGCAAAAUAUCAGCAAAGACGAACGGGCCCUCCAAGAGAACGAGCAAGGGAAACGAACUGCUGCAGAUUUUGCUCUUUGGAAGGCAAAAAAAACGUCGCACGAACCUAGCUGGAGCUCCAAAUGGGGUGGUGAAGGGCGUCCAGGAUGGCAUAUAGAAUGCAGCGCAAUAGCUGGCAUGUUUUUCGGUGAUGAAUUGGAUUUCCAUGCGGGAGGCCUCGAUUUGCGUUUUCCCCAUCAUGAAAAUGAGGAAGCUCAAUGCUGUGCACACUACAAAAAAAAUCAAUGGGUCAACUAUUGGCUGCACACUGGCCAACUCCAUUUGGUGGGUGAUCAGCAAAAGAUGUCCAAGUCAUUGGGAAAUACAAUAACCGUAGAUGAAAUGCUGAAGAGCUACACAGCGGAUGAGUUUCGUAUGGCCUGUCUCCUCUCCAAUUACAAUAAUGCCAUGCCUUACAGCGAUCAAUUAAUGUUGACUGCACGUCAAACAUUAAAGAAAUUCAGGAAUUUCCAUGCUGAUCUGAACGCGUAUAUGCAAUUCCAAAAGGCGCCUAAACUCCUGGACAGGGGUGCACUGCAGUCGCAACUAGAUCAUACGAUAUUGGAGUUUGAUAAUAGUCUGCGUGAUGACUUUGAUACAGCACGUGCUAUUAGUGUCUUAAUGGACCAGAUGAGCAGCAUCAGCCGGUGCAUCAAUCACCAAUCAGCAGAUGCACAGCAGGAGCCCGCCCACUGUCUUGAUUUGCUGCUGGCAGCAGGCAAUUUUAUAGGCUCAUCCAUGCUUAACCUCGGCAUCAGCUCGCUAGCCGACUCAUCGAAUAUAUUGUGUCAACAGCAACAAGCAAAUAGCUCUGCUCAAGUGGAUGUUAAUUUGCUAGUUGCUGAUCUGCUAGCCAUUCGAAGUCAACUGCGAGAGCAGGCAGCUGAAUCGACGAAUGUUAAGAAAUUGGAACUACUUGAACUCUGUGAUAGGCUGCGAAAUGUUCUUCAAGAACAUGGCAUCAACGUGCGCGAUCACAAACAGGGCAGCUCCUGGGUUUACAGAGAACACAAGACCGCUACUAGAAGAGUCUAAAUUCGCUUGUUAAAUUUUGUAAUUGAUCGCUGGAAAAUUUUAAAUAUUUCCUUAGGGUGUACUCUGAAUUU